AUGAGCAGACCCUCACUUCAUUUCCUCCGCCCAUACCUCUACCGAGGCACCCAAUCCCUGAAGCUGCAGCACACCCAAGCGUACCUGUCUGUACAACGUCGGUUCAAGCAGACCGCCGCCGAUGCGUUCACCGGCCCACACGAUGUUGAGAAGCAGAAGCGGCUUGAUCAGUUGAAGAACGUCCAACCACUGGGCGAAUACCAUCCUCAAUUGGUGUACCCUGCGGGCGCUGAAGCACUAUCACUUCGAGAGUUCAAUGCCAGGUUCGCAGACAUCAAAGAGACGAAGGCUGAAAAUGUCUCCGUGUUCGGAAGGGUCCGCUCAGUGCGGCUAGCGGGGUCCAAGCUGAUGUUUCUCGACAUCGAGCGCGAUACUCAGCGACUCCAAAUCAUGGUGGAGCGAAAGAAGCUCAACCAGGAUAACUCUGAAGAGAUUUUCAAAGGCUUGAAGAAGGUAGCAAGGAUAGGUGACUGGGUUUCUGUCGAAGGCAAUCCUACUAGGACAUCGUCAGGUCAACUGUCCGUCCUUGCCCUGAAGGUCCCUCAAAUUCUUGCACCCUGCCUUCAUCACAUUCCCGACAAGGUUGACAAUGCUGAAACGCUUGCUCGACGACCCCACAUCCACUCGCUCACGAGCGACGAGCCCGCUGAUACUCUCAGACUUCGAGCGUUGAUAUACGACUAUAUAAGGACAUCGUUCAUACAAACAGGGUUUCUGGAAGUAGAAACCCCAAUGUUCGACGUCAACGCUGGAGGAGCAAUCGCACGGCCCUUCGAGACAAUCGCAAACGAGAUGUCCAACCAGCCCCUCAGACUCCGAAUAGCCCCUGAGCUGAACCUCAAACGCCUAAUCGUCGGCGGGCAAGACAAGAUCUUCGAAAUCGGUCGCGCCUUUAGAAACGAAGGCGUGGACAACACCCACAAUCCGGAGUUCUCAACCUGUGAGUUCUACGAGGUUGGCGCUACUCUCCCACAAUUGGUAGAAAGGACGGAGCACCUCGUCCACGGCCUCCACAGCGCCAUCGAGUCUCUCCGAGCAACCUACUUCCCCACCCUCGCAGCGCCGUCUGACAUCGACUUCUCCGCCCCUUUCGCCCAACUCGCCUUCAUCCCCACCAUCGAACGCGCCAGCGGCCGUACACUGCCCAACCUCACCUCGCCAACCGCGACGUCGAACGUGCUCGCCCUAUUCAACGAGCUCGCGCUCGACAUCCCACCGAAUCCGACGCUGCCGCGGCUCCUCGACACGCUGGCAGAGAUAUACAUCGAGCCGCUGUGCCACAACCCUACACUCAUAACGCACCACCCGGAAGCGCUCUCGCCGCUGAGCAAGUCCUUCGUCUGCCCCAUAACAUCACAGCGCGUAGCCGCGCGCGUGGAGCUCUUUAUCGCAGGCCGGGAGUACGUGAAUGCGUACGAGGAGGAGAACUCGCCGUUCGAGCAGCGGCGGAAGUUUAUGCAGCAGCAGGAGUACCACGCCAAGGAUACUGAGGGUGAGGGGGUCAAUAUCGAUGAGAGCUAUCUCGAGGCUUUGGAGUGGGGCAUGCCGCCGACGGGGGGUUGGGGAUGCGGGCUGGAUAGGCUAGUUAUGUUGUUUGCGAGUAAGAAGAGGAUUGCGGAUGUGUUGCCGUUUGGGACGUUGAGGAAUGUUGUUAGUAUUGCGAAGACCAAGUAG